AUGGUCAUCAACGUCCCCACCGCCUCUCUCGAAGGCCAAGUCGCCCUCAUCACCGGUGCCGGCCGAGGCAUCGGCCGCGGGUGCGCCAUCGAGUUGGGCAAGCGCGGCGCCUCCGUGAUCGUAAACUACGUCUCUUCGUCCGGCCCAGCGCAAGAAGUCGUCUCCAUAAUCGAAGGGUUCAACAACGGCGCCAAAGCCGUCGCCAUCCAAGCCGACGUCUCCAAAGUCAGCGAGAUCAAGCGCCUCUUCGAAGAGGGCAAGCGCGCCUUCGGCAAGAUCAACAUCGUCAUGAGCAACUCCGGCACAGAGAGCUGGGACGUCACUGAAGAGAUUACCGAGGAGAAGUACGACCACGUCUUCAACCUGAAUGCCCGCGCGCAGUUUUUCGUCGGUCAGACGGCGUACAAGUACAUCGAGGACAACGGGCGCAUCAUCCUGAUGUCGUCGAUCGCCGCGGGACUGCUGGGUGUGAAGGACCACGCGCUGUACAAUGCGUCAAAGAUGGCGGUGAUUGGGUUCAUCAAAGCGUUUGCGACGGAUUUUGGGAAGAGGGGCAUCACGGUCAAUGGGGUCGCGCCGGGGGGGAUCAAGUCAGACAUGUUCACUCAGAAUGCUUGGAGGUAUAUCAGUGGAGGUACGGCGGAUCUUUCUGCUGAAACAAUCGAGCAAGGCAUGGCUGCAGCGUGCCCUUUGGGAAGAUGUGCUGUACCAGAGGACGUUGGCCGAGUUGUUGCUUUCUUAAGCAGUGAGGACGGAGGCUGGGUAAAUGGCCAAGUUAUUACUAUCUCUGGUGGAUCGUCUCAGUAGGUGCGUUGGAAGAUAAACAUAAACUUGGUGUUAUCGAUACAUGAAUCAAUGGCCGUUGAAUUCAUAGCA